UAUAAUCGGCAACAGCUUGCCUGGUGGUUGGCAAACAGGAGUUGAGGACCUGCUCAUCAAAAAUAUUCCAAUAUUUAACCUCUUACUUUGGUCUGUGUUUAAAAUACAAAGUUCAUUGUAGUCAGUUUCCUUUUGUCAAACAUUGAUCCAGUGUGGUUAGAAAAUAUUUGUCAAAUCUAACUACACUGAGUGGAUUGAGGGCUUCUCGAGUCCCGAUUCAGCGAUGCCCUCUGAAAACACACUUCAAGUAUUGUUUCUAAAACAGGAUGCUGCAUAUGAGAUGAGUUCCUAUGGCUUAAGGCCACACAUUAGGCGUCCAAAGAAAUACGGGGAUGCAACAAAGGAAAGGAGUUAUAUGUUGGCACCAAAAAAAAAUUUGGAUUGGUGGAAUGAGGAUGAAGAAGCGUGCGUGCAAAGACGCCUGGACGACAGGUACAGAAGGAAUGCUGCUAUUCUUCCAGACCUCCAUGUUAACUUUGGCGACAAAGCACAAGGGGACAUUUGCUCCAAGAGUGAUUUAACGUGCGAGUCCGAACCAGAAACUGGACUUUUAAUGAUCCACGGCUUCACGGUAUCUGAAUACCAAAACCUGUAUCAUUUAGUAGUGGAUCCCCUGCUGCUGAGUCCUUCUGGGAAGCCCUAUUCCUACAGUUUGGAGCUGGGUCGCACCAUCAAGGAACAUCUGUUUACAGAGCUGGCUUACCCAAUGCUUGAAAUUUUUGAGUCACAAGAAACUGUGAAUGUGGUAGAGCGAUUUUGUUUACUGCGUACAACACCAAACAUAGAUAUGGAUUGUAAUGGAAGCGUUCAAUAAUAAAGCAGUCUUUCAAGGUCUCAAAAAUAAUAAAAGACAAUUUUUUUCU